UUGUUGUGUUUCUUCUUGAGUCUUGGAAAUACAACAUUGUCAGUAUAUUAGAUAUAUUUGAGCACAUCUCUAGACUAUAUAAAGUAAGAAAAAUAUAUAUAGAGAGAGGAGAGAGAUGGGGAGGCAACCAUGCUGUGACAAAGUAGGCUUGAAGAAAGGGCCAUGGACUGUUGAAGAAGACAAGAAGCUCAUCAACUUCAUCCUCACCAAUGGCCAAUGCUGUUGGAGAGCUCUUCCCAAACUUUCUGGACUAUUGAGGUGUGGUAAAAGCUGCAGAUUAAGAUGGAUAAAUUAUUUGAGACCUGAUUUAAAAAGAGGUCUUUUAUCAGAAAAUGAAGAGCAGAUGAUCAUUGAUCUUCAUGCCCAACUUGGCAAUAGAUGGUCAAAGAUUGCCUCUCAUCUACCAGGAAGAACUGAUAAUGAAAUUAAGAACCACUGGAACACACACAUAAAGAAAAAACUAAGGAAGAUGGGUAUUGACCCUAUGACCCAUAAGCCUCUCUCUGAACAAGAAGGUGCGCAGCAACAAGCUCAGGGGACAAAGAAAAGCUUAGUGUCUCGUGAUGAGAAGAAAAGAAACCAAGGCCAAGAAGAUCAACAAACUAGAAAAGAAGAAGAUCAACAACAUCAACUAGGGAAACAUUUGGACAAGAACAACACACCCAUUUCUACUGAUGAUGGGUUUUGCAUUGAUGAUAUCCCAUUACUCAAUCCACAUGAGAUAUUUGUGGACAUCUCUUCUGCUCACCAUCAUACUAGUGAUGGUAAUGCCAACAUUAACAUUAGUAACUCCACUUCACCAUCUUCGUCUUCCUCUCCUACCUCGUCGUGCAUAUCAUCACUACCAGGUGAUGAGUUCUCAAAGUUUCUUGAUGAAAUGGAGAUUGUUGACCUCAAGUGGCUCUCAUCCGAUGAUUCGUCAGGGGGUGACAUUAAUUACAAAGACGGAAAGUUCAAUAACAAUGUUGAUACGAUGAACUUGUGGGACAUCAAUGAUUUGAGCAGCUUGGAAUUGUUUAUGAAUGAUCACGAUGAUAGUGUGGUUGGAAGCGGAUGUUCAAGAAUGGUUUUAGAUCAUGAUUCAUGGACAUUUGAUCUUCUUUAACUUUUAGUUUUUUUUUCUUCUCUUGUUGUUUUUAAUUGUUUUUUGUUUGUUUGUUUGGGUUUGGCCUCGGUGUUGCAGUUUAGUGGAUGAUUAGGUGUAAAAGUACAUAUGUAAUUAAAGAUUACAAUUGUGAACAUACUUUUCUCUGUUUA